CAGCGACUUUAAUUCUAGAUGAAAGGCCAUGCGAGUAAAUCGUUCAAACCGAACGAAGUCAACAGACCGACAACUCCAUCCGGAUCGGUUUCUUUUUUUAUCCCACAAGAGAGGGAAAGAUCUGCUGUAUACAGAUCAAUCAUGAAAGCCACGAGCGAAGGGACGCUGGGUGAAACCAAAACUUCGGAAGAGACAACGCUAGAGAAAUUCGCAACUGAUAGCCCUGAUACGUCCGAGUUUGAAACCGCUUCAGAGACAUCAAACCCAGAACCGUGCACCUCCGAGCAAAACCUAACUGACACGUCCUCGAUAACUGAGAUAAAAGCCAAUGAUGUCACUUCUCGCUCUCCAAGUCUAAGCCAAGAUUCCUCAACAAAAGUUGAAAUCGAAGCAAAUGUAAAGAAUACUGAUUCACCGAUAUUGGACAAUCCUCCCACAAGCCCCAUUGAAGACUCAGAACUGUCGAAAAAUACUGAUUCACCGGCACUAGGAAAUCCUCCCACAAGCCCUAUUGAAGACUCAGAACUGUCGAAAAAUACUGAUUCACCGGCACUAGGAAAUCCUCCCACAAGCCCUAUUGAAGACUCAGAACUGUCGCAAUCGUACACCGAUUAUGAAGACGAUUUUGAGAGUUGCAGCGACUCGGACGACGACGAGGUUUUGGCAAAACCUCGUACACCUGCGUGUUGGGGAGUUCUCAGUCGAAGAAAUGUUAUGGACUAUGAUGAGUGGAAACAAACAUGUGAUUUUGCAACCCGCCAUUUCAGAUGUGGGCCACAGCUUGAGGCGUACGAAGUUGAUUAUUCGCUUCGUAAACAUAGAAUGCAAUGCCAAUAUUUCUCAGCGUUUUAUCCAUUGGUGGAAAAACGACUGAAAUUCGUCGGGGGAGCGUUUUCGAACACUUGUUCUCCAAUCCAAGAAGAAGAAUUACCGGAUGAGGACAAAAAUGAAGACAAGGAUUCAACAAAAUCCUCCAGUCCUCUUCCCAUCUCUCCCCCACUGCUGCCUCCCAAGCGCAAAAAGCUCCGAAAAAUCGCCCCACAACGCAAAAUCACUUCAGAUCCGGGUCCAUACAUUGAGUCAGACGAGAGUGACACCGACAGUUACGACUUCUCUCUCGUUGAACAGAAAGCCACCACCCCUCCACCGUCACCAUCUCCCCACUUCGUUUUCCUUCCGCGUCGCUGCGGCAAAGUCAGCCCCAUGCCACACUGCAGCAAAACUGAAGUCAUCGUCGUGGUAACGUCUUCUUAUGACGACGAUGACCACGAUGACGCACAAAACAAUGGAUGCGGAUGCUGUCAUCUUUUACGAAAGAUGGCCAAGAGGAUCAAAAAACUAUUUAAAUAAUUUCAUUUUAUUUUACUGUAUACUAUAUUGCGCUUAUAUAAAGGGACGUUUACAUUGCAUUGCAAGAAAUGCAAUAUAUCAGUUGUAGAGCAAUCUAAACGCCCCUUUCAAUUUCUAACUUAUAUAAAAAUAAAAACUAUUCUUAUCUCUAGUCUAACAUAAGACAAGUUGUGUUUAUUCUGUUGCAAAAAACUCUAUUUACGAAAAAAACUUAUUAUAUAUAGGCUAUAGUUAAACUAUAUACCCUGCUACUAACGUGGGCGUGUGUACCUAUAGGCUAAGUCAUUUAACAACAAUCGCUACGACAAAGUGGUCACUAAUGGCUUCAAUCUGUCAGCCAUGUUCGCGUCAAUAGGCCUCUUAUUUUCUGAGCAGUUUAGGUGUAUUCCUAGGCCGGGUAUUCUUGAGUUGGCCCUGGUUUAACAACUGUCGCUUCCCGGCCACGCGAGGAUAAAGUAGAAUGUAAAUUGCUGAAGAAUGUAAAUUGUUGCUCAAAGCAAUUUUUUAGAUCAAAUAACUUAAGAGAAAUGCUAGAAUUUUCCGUCUUUUUGCACAGGACAUCCUCAUUUCAAAAGAACACUCCAACCAAAGGGGGUAAAAGCAGUGCAUCCUUACAAAGAACGCUACCAUCAUAACAGCAAGAACAGGUAUUCUUCAGAAAUAUUAAGAGCCCAAGCGUCCUGUAUACAGAAACCAACCAUUUCUUGCAACAGCUCAUCGGCGGCAAAUCGUUUCAGGAAGUUUUCUUUGAGUAGAUAUUCCAACAUGAUUGACAGGUGUACCUAGAACUAAGCUCAUUAAGCUUCCUAUGAAGAUUAUUCCAAGCUGGAAGUUAUCUUGAAGCGAAUUAUUUAACACGAUUGACAACUAUAGCAGCCUACUGAAAAAAAGAAUACUGUUAUAGCACCCAAAUCCCAUAUUUCCUCAUCGUGUUUUAAAAAAAUCAACAAUGCUUCUUUAGAAUCGUGAGGUAUUUAAUUCUAUAAAUAUACUUUGUUUUCUAACAAAACAGACGAGAAAAAAACUGUUUUUUAAUCAGCGACCUUCUGUUGUUUAUUUACCCUCAUUGUUACCAGCACUUUAAAAAUAUACGACUGUUUUAAAAAACGGAAAUAAAACACUGAAGUUCAAUAUUAGGAUUUGUUUUGUAUUUAUUGCUCGAAUGCGAGAAAGAUUAAUUGCAGUGAAGUUAUUGAAGCUUUGUUUGAGCCACUGACGCUACACUUCGUCUACAUUCUACAUUUCUGGCAUAUCUUCUUCAGCGAAGAUGUCGUUUAUUUCAUCCCCA